AUGGCGGUAAAGGAUCACCUCGAGAUGCGAAGCCGGGCCGAUGAGCGAGGAUUGCCUGUUUUUCUCUUUGGACACUCUCUUGGGGGGCUCAUUACCGCCGCGAGUGUGGCAGAACAUUCUCCAUACCACACAAACGGAGUUAUUCUCUCAAGUCCGGCUCUAACGGAGGGUCUGCCGUUGCCUGUAGAGUAUCUGGUUCAUCUUCUGGUUUACUUUAUGCCCACUACACAAAUCCCCACGCCCAAGGCUUCUGCAGACGACUUGUGCAGUGACCCCGAACAAGCACGUCUAGCUGCCGAAGAUGAAUCCAAGUACAAAGGCCAAAUUUCGUUCCUGGUCGCAUCCAGCGCUCUGCGAGUGGCAAGGAGACUAUGGGCAAGGAGUGACCAAUGGACUCAGCCAACGCUCGUCAUCCACGGCACCAGCGAUUCGCACGCCCAAUUUAGGCUAAGUGAACGCCUAGUACGGGAUAUCGCAUCGACGGACAAGACCUUUCACCCUGUGGAAGGGGGAUAUCACGAACUUCUGAACGAAGAGAGGCCCGAAGAUAUUAUCAAGCUCUUGUUUGACUGGUUGGAGAGUCGCAUGUAA